AGGAGGAGAGAUAGAGAGCUGAGGAUGCAGGUUUGGCUCCAGCACACAGCCAUCCCCUCUCGAACCACCGGCAGCACGAGCGGCUGCACCUCGGUGAAAUAGGUUACAACUUGACAGCGGUCUCAUCAGCUGACGCCGAGGAGAUGCGUCCGCAAAAGCUUUGAUUCGACCUCUCCCCCCCCCUUUUACGUCCUCCUCCUCCUCUUCUUCUUCCUCCUCCUCCUCUUCCCAUCUCGAGCGAGGAGCAUCCCGCACACUGAUUUUUCUUUUCUUUUUUUUUUUUUUUUUUUCUUCCCACUCGGGCAGGCAGACGGGCGGGAUUGACACAACGCCAGACACGAUGCGCGGAUCUCCCCGACAUGGGACAGCCGUGGGAUUUACAGUGCUGCUGAACGCGCUGCUGCUGUUUGCGACGCAGGCUGCAGAAGGAGCCCUAACGGACCAUCUCCUGGUUCAGUUGCAUGAGGACGCACAGGACGAGGCGCACCAACUUGCAGCGCAACAUGGGUUCCAGAGUGCCCGAAAGCUUCCCUUUGGAGAGGGGCUCUUUCACUUCUAUCCUCAGGACACUUCAAAGAGGCGUAGCAAACGAAGCGCCCGCAGCAGACAGCAGCUCCAAAAGGACCGCAGGGUUAAGAAUGUCUUUGAGCAGGAUGGUUUUAGUCGUCAGAAGCGAGGCUACAGAAAUAUCAAUGAUAUUGAAGUCAACAUGAGUGACCCUCUAUUCACCAAACAGUGGUAUCUGAUAAACACAGGCCAGGCAGACGGGACCCCUGGGCUGGAUCUUAAUGUGGCUGAAGCUUGGCAACUGGGCUACACAGGCACGGGAGUCACCAUUGCAAUCAUGGACGAUGGCAUCGACUACCUGCAUCCAGACCUGGCAUCGAAUUACAAUGCGGAUGCCAGCUAUGACUUCAGCAGCAAUGACCCGUUCCCGUUUCCACGCUACACAGACGACUGGUUCAACAGUCACGGCACACGAUGUGCUGGAGAGGUGUCUGCAGCAGCCAACAACAACAUCUGCGGUGUGGGAGUCGCCUACAACUCCAAGGUGGCAGGUAUCAGGAUGUUAGACCAGCCCUUCAUGACUGACAUCAUCGAGGCAUCAUCCAUCAGCCACAUGCCUCAGGUUAUUGACAUCUACAGUGCCAGCUGGGGACCAACCGAUGACGGCAAGACGGUGGAUGGACCUCGGGAGCUCACGCUGCAGGCUAUGGCUGAUGGAGUCAACAAGGGGCGCGGAGGAAAAGGCAGCAUCUACGUGUGGGCAUCGGGAGAUGGUGGUAGCUAUGACGACUGCAACUGUGAUGGUUAUGCCUCGAGCAUGUGGACAAUCUCCAUCAACUCAGCCAUCAAUGACGGACGCACGGCCUUGUAUGACGAGAGCUGCUCCUCCACCCUGGCGUCCACCUUCAGCAACGGACGCAAGAGGAACCCAGAGGCAGGCGUUGCCACCACAGAUCUGUAUGGGAACUGCACACUGCGUCACUCUGGCACAUCAGCAGCAGCUCCAGAGGCAGCCGGCGUCUUUGCUCUGGCUCUUGAGGCUAACCCUAACCUGACAUGGAGAGACAUGCAGCAUCUGUCAGUUCUGACCUCCAAGAGGAACCAGCUCCAUGACGAAGUCCACCAGUGGAGGAGAAAUGGCGUGGGCCUUGAGUUCAACCACCUGUUUGGCUACGGUGUGCUGGACGCUGGGGGCAUGGUGAAAAUGGCCAAGGACUGGAAAACGGUGCCUGAACGUUUCCACUGUGUAGCCGGAUCCAUUCAGGAGACCCAUAAAAUCCAGUCUGGCAACAAGCUGGUGCUGGCCAUCAACUCUGAAGCCUGCCAGGGGAAGGACAACUUUGUCCGCUACCUGGAGCAUGUCCAGGCGGUGGUCACCGUCAACGCCAGCCGCCGCGGCGACCUCAACAUCAACAUGACCUCCCCCAUGGGCACAAAGUCCAUCCUGCUGAGCCGAAGGCCCCGCGACGACGACUCCAAGGUGGGCUUCGACAAGUGGCCCUUCAUGACAACCCACACCUGGGGUGAAGACCCCCGAGGGACCUGGGUCCUGGAGGUGGGCUUUCAGGGCGAGGAACCACAGCGUGGAGUCCUGAAGGAGUGGACUCUCAUGCUGCACGGAACACAAAGUGCCCCUUACAUAGACCAGAUAGUGCGUGAUUAUCAGUCCAAACUUGCAAUGUCCAAAAAGGAGGAGCUGGAGGAGGAGCUGGAUGAGGCUGUAGAGAGAAGUCUGAAGAGCUUGUUGAGUAAAAACAACUAAAAUCCCAUCUGCAUGUUACCAACUCCUCCACUUCCUCUUAUCUCUGCAGUCUCGCUCUAUCCUUCUCUAAAUCCCACAGCAUCUCCUCAGUUCUACUCACUUGCUCCCUUUUGUCUACCUCUCUUCCCUCCUCACUCUGCUUUUUGUUAUCAAGUGUUUCAAUUAGCCCCCAACCUUCAAUGAAUGUUUCUUGUAAUCCAAUCAUGAAUAAAAGUGUAACCUUUAAUCAUCUGUUCUGCAUAAAGAAAGCAAAGUAUAUCGACAGAAUUUUUACACUCAACAGAAUUGUACAUAGACCAAAUAUAUAGUCCACUCUUUCAUGCUCUUCUUGCUUUAACUGUCCUGCACCACCUCCUCUGCCAACUGUUGUACAGUUUGUGACUGUAAAUGAUUUUCUGUGUCAUUCUACUUAAAGUUUAAUAUCUUGCAAACAGAGCAGUGAUACUUCUUUCUGUUUAUAUUUUUAUGUGACAUGCAGAGUUUAUAUAAACAUUGAAAGAAAUAUGUGAGUCAUUUUGCA